AUGUCAAAUAAAGAACCAUUAUCUCGUAUGACUACAAGAUCCUGUACAAAAAGAGAAGAGAAAAAGGACAGUGCAGAAGUUGAAAAAGUUGGCCUUGAUGUCUCUGCAAAAAGUGCACUAUCCUUUCCUUCUUCUGAUAGAAGAUCCAAUAAAAGUAAAAGUAGCAGCAGGAGGAACAGAGAAGUCGCUGAUGUUAUGAAUGAACUCAUUAAGAUUCAGGAAGAGGAAACAGCUAUCACAAUAGCACGUGCAGAAGCUAAUGCAGAAGCAAAAAGAGAAGAAGCUAGAGUAAAGGAAGAAGCUAAAAGAAAGGAGUUAGAAUUGAAGAAAAGACUCAUGGAAGAAAGACUAUCACUAAUCAAUUCUAGAUCGUCCUCAAGAGGUAGUAGCACUUCCAGGCGUUCUCUCGUGUCAAUUGAUCAACCUAUACCAACGAAAGAAGCUGUUACCUUUUGGAUGCAAGGUAUUGAAAAUGAAAUGAUUCCUGAUGAUCAAGCACAGAAUUACAACACUGUGAGGGUAAGGGAUGAGCCGGCUGAUGGCCAUCUAGAUGAUCAGCCAAAGCCUAGGGCCAACAAGUCGGUGAGUACAUCCAAAAUACCAAAUACAAACGCUCAAGAUGAACAGUUUAAGCCUUGGGCAAAUAAACCACUUUUAGAAGAGCUUACAGACAAAUUGUCUACUAAUAUGAAACUAAACUGGGGAAUGUAUGUCAUGUCCCAGCAAUCUGAGGUAAGGAAACCAAUAGGGCUAGAUAGUUUCUCAGUAUGGCUGUCAUCAGUGGCAGAAGCAGCUACAGUUUGUACUUCUACUUCUGUUUCCUUUGCUGGAAACAUCAACAAAGGCUCAGGAAGAUACGAGUCUGGUCAGAAGAAUGUUGUACUUAUGCACGAAGAUAGAGAGAAAAGGUUAAGGAAAAGACUGUGCCUCUGUUGUAAAAAAGACAGCCAUAGUUUAGAAGAUUGUAAAUAUUUUCAGAAAAAUGAUGUACAAAGCCGUUGGGAACUGGUGAAAAAUAAUAAGGUUUGCUUUAACUGUUUGAAGAUAGGUCACAGAGCAACACAAUGUCGUAAAAAAGGAGUUUGUGGAUUGAAUGGAUGUGUUUAUCAUCACCACAAUUUGCUGCAUAACAAUAUUAAACAAGAUAAGAAAAAUGAAGUCAUGGAUGUAAUUGAGGCUCCGACAAUUGCUGGGUCUAAUAAGGAGCAUAUUGGAUAUCAAGAUGAGUCGCUUGAUAGAGUACUAUUACGAGUCAUUCCAUUAAAAUUGAUCGGAAGUAAGGGAAAUGAAGUAAACACAUUUGCAUUGAUUGAUGAUGGAUCUACAAUAUCAGUCAUAGAAAAAAGUUUGGCAGAUGAACUCAAUCUUGAUGGACCAACGAUACCAGUAUCAUUUUCUUGGACUGAUGGGUCAACAUGCACUGAAAACCUUUCAAAAACGGUUUCAGUAAAGAUUGUCAACGAUGAAGGAGAACAAUUUGUUCUUGGUAAUGUAAAAACUUUGAAAGAUUUACAGUUACCCGUUCAGUCCAUGAAUAUGAAGAAAGUUAAGUCAAAAUGGCCUCAUUUACAACAAAUUUCUGAAAAGGCAUUUCAUCGUGGCCGGCCCCGACUGCUAAUUGGUCAUGAACACAUUCACUAUACCGUGCCCUCAAAAGUUGUCAUUGGACCUGGAAAUGCCCCAAUAGGACUUAAAUCAAAGCUUGGCUGGACAAUCAAUGGCCCUACUGGAAAAGAGCAAUAUCACAGUAGAAUUAAUCAAGAAUAUGUGAUGUUCAAAAGCGAUAUGAAAAUCGAAAUGGAAGAAAUGAAUUCAAUGAUCAAAAAAAGCUUUGAACAGGACUUCAUUGAUUAUCCAAGCAACAAUAUUUCAAAAAGUGAAGAAGAGGUCAGAUCGGAAGUGAUAAUGAAAAGUACGUGCUCACAAACAGAAGACGGGCGCUGGGAAAUCGGUUUGCUAUGGAGAGAAGAAAAUCCUCAACUACCAGAAAGUCGCUCUGUAGCGUGGCGUCGAUUGAAUACCGUAGAGAAGAAACUGAAAGAUAAUAUUAUAAUGAAACGGCUAUACGAUGACCAGAUGGAAAACUACGCUCAGAAGGGCUACUCACGAAAACUAAGCGUAGAAGAAGUUCAACUCAAAAAUGACAAGACUUGGUAUCUUCCGCAUUUUUCUGUUGACAACCCAAGAAAACCAAACAAAUUUCGAUUUGUUUUUUAUGCAGCUUCAAGAUCACAUGGUCAAAGCUUAAACAGCUACUUGCUACCAGGACCCAAUCUAUUUAACAACCUUACGGAAAUCUUGUUUAAAUUUAGAAAGCACAAAAUUGCCAUUGCUGCUGACAUUGAAGAGAUGUUUUUGAGGAUUAAAGUAAGACGUGAAGAUCAAGAUGCUUUAAGAUUUCUGUGGCGGGGAGAAGAAAGUGGAAGAGUAGAAGAUUGGUGCAUGGCAUCAUUGAUUUUCGGAGCUGCAUGCUCUCCUACUUGUGCAAUUUAUGUCCUUCAAACCAAUGCUGAGAAAAAUGGUGAUAGUCAUCAAGAAGCUGUGCAAGCUAUUAAAGAGCAAUUUUACAUGGACGAUUACUUAGAUAGUAUGGAAAGUGUUGAUGAAGCUAAAAGUUUGACCAAAGAAGUUGUUUCCAUUUGUAACAAAGGAGGUUUCAAUUUGAGAAACUUCAUCAGCAAUUCUCAAGAAUUUAUGAAUGCAUUACCUAAAGAAAGUUGGUCGAAAAACUACUUGAAUGAUAACCUGAAGUUGAGUGACGAAAAUAAUGUAGAAAGGGUCUUGGGUCUGUAUUGGAACUUUCAUGAGGAUAGUUUCAACUUUAAAACGGAUUUUGUAAGAGUUGACAAAGAUGUAGUCAGUCUCUUGCGAUUACCUACAAAGCGAGAAGUGCUACAAGCAGUGAUGUCAGUAUACGAUCCACUAGGUUUCAUCACACCAAUAACGAUGAAAGGGAAAAUACUGAUGCAAGAACUAUGGAAGGUGAAUGUUCAGUGGGAUGAAAAAAUACCAGUAACUUUAAACAACUUGUGGCUGUCCUGGAUAGAAGAUGUGUUGAAUGCCGAACGCCUAAAGAUACCACGUUGUUAUGGUUUAACAGGAGGUGAAUCAGUACAGUUACAUGUAUUUUGUGAUGCUAGUAAGCAGGACUAUUGUGCAGUAGCAUAUUUAAGAAUAGAAAAACAAGACCUAGUAAAUGUUGCAUUUGUUUUUGCAAAGUCAAGAGUGGCUCCUAUACGUGAAACGACCAUACCACGACUUGAACUUCAAGCAGCAGUUUUGGGUAGUCGAAUUGCGAACCUCAUUCUUCAGGCUCAUUAA